CAAAAAAUACAACCAGACACAUCUAAGUGUACUAACAAUUAGUGUUCUUCAUUAAUACCUUUUUUUAAAAGGUUCAUUCAUACCUAUUCCAUAUUUCUUAUAAGUGUAUUAUCUAUGGAUUAUGAAGCGGUCUUCAAGCGCCUAGGGGCAACCUUAAAUCUGGAGAAACAAGCAUGGGUGGUCGUACCUCUUAAUUCUAAGACGAUCCAUGAGCAAAUUGAGGAUUUCCUCUCGAAAGAAUAUGAUUUAUAUGUCAAUGAAUUGAAAUCAAUAGAAGUGGGUAAAGAUCCUGAGCAUGCUUCCACUGAUGUUGUAUUUGAGGAGGGUGGUGCAAACAAAGUGGAUGAAAAGAAAAGAGGAAGAAAGAUUAAAAACAUCAGGGUCGGACCAAUUUCAUGUUCUUUUAAACUUCCUCCUUUUUGUUAUGAUCCUAAAGAGACCGAUGACAUUGAAAAGGUAAGCAUCAUACCUUGACCCCGCUUGUU